AUGUCUCAGGGGAGUUUUGUCUUCACUUCGACCGCACUACGCUCCCUGCAGCAGGAUCAGGACCUGCUGGACAGACACAGGCGCCUGAGACAGCUGGCAACGCCUGUUGUCACUGGAUACCUGCUGAGGAAAGAGGCAAGGGAAAAGAAGACAGACUCAAGGUUUACCCCUGCAGAAACUCCAUGCCCCAGGAUUUGCCAUGACCUGGUGGUCCAGAAUGCCCUCUAUACUGGAGAUUUGGAGGCUGUGAACCACCUUUUUCCAAAAGGGUCACCAGUCAACCUUGUUAUACAGCCUCAAGGUGGAACAUUGCGCUGGGAGGCGGAGGGGAAUGUGAGAGGACUAUGGUCACUGACAUAUGAACAAGAGUUAACCACACCACUCCACAUCACAGCAGGCCGAGGGUUCACGGAGUGCCUCAGGCACCUUCUCCUCAGAGGUGCCAGCGUGGAUUUGGCUCCAGGUGGCACCACAGCUUUACAUGAAGCUUGUGAAGAGUGCCAGCCAGAAUGUGUGAAGCUGUUGCUGUCACAUGGGGCAAAUGCCAAUGCUGUUAACGAAGACGGAUUGAUGCCCUUGCAUGUCUGCACUGAACUGGACUCACUGGAGUGUGCUAAACUCCUCAUUCAGUAUGGUGCCUCUAUCAACGGGAGGAGCACUGAUGAAAAUGACGUGCCACUGCACGUGGCCGCCCGCCAUGGUCUACCAGGCCACGUGGACCUUUACCUUCGCUACGGCGGUAUUGUGGACCGGCAGAAUGAUGAAGGCCACACACCACUCAAUGCCGCUUGUGCCCACCCUCAGGACCUCCCUGCACUCGAACGCUACCACCAUGUGUGCCAGCUACUUGUGGCAGCAGGUGCAGAUGUACACACAAUUGAUGAAGACAAGCAGACGCCACUGCAUUUUGCCUGUAAAAACGUUAACCCGGAUGUGGUGAACCUUCUGCUUCAAAACAACGCCUGCGUUAACACCAUGAGCUACAGUGGAGAUGCACCCAUGCACAACAUUUUAAAGGUGGUGGCCUACAAGACUGAACAACAUCCCGAGCGUGUGGUCCAAGCACUGCUCAACUAUGGCUCCAUUCGAGUCUGGCCUGGGGCCCUGCCCAAGGUUUUGAAACACUGUUGUACAUCUCCCCGUACAAUCGAAGUCCUGUUAAAUUCAUAUGAUCGUAUCAAAAUUACUGACACUUGGUUGGAAGCUGUUCCUGCAGAGGUAUUCAAGAAACACCAGGAAUUCUAUGACUCACUGUUUGCCCUGACCAACUGCCCACGCUCACUGCAGCACCUGGCUCGCUGCAGGAUCCGCACCUUUCUUGAGGGCCGUGUACACAAGGUGGUUCCCAAACUGGGUUUGCCAACCUUUCUGAAAAACUACCUUCUGCUAGAGUUCAGAGACUACCUUCACUGA